CUUGAAAAUCUUCCUAUAGAGCUACAGAGGAAUUUCACCCUCAUGCAUGAUCUGGAUGCAAGAUCUCAAGAUGUGGUAAAGGAAAUUGACAAGGCAUCUAAUGAAUACCUGAGUAAGGUGAGAGACAUGCCCUCAGAGAAGCGCAAGGAGCAGUUGAGUAAAAUCCAGAAGCUCUGGGACAAAGCCAAAGAAUAUGCAGAUGACAAAGUACAAUUGUCAGUUCAAACUUAUGAACUGGUUGACAAACACAUCAGACGUCUGGACUCAGACUUGGCCCGUUUCGAGGCUGAAAUCAAGGAAAAGGCAAGAGUGAAUGCAAAAGUGGCUGAAGUUGAAGGAACAACUACAGGCAAAAAAGGGGGUCGUAAGAAGGGUAAGGCUCAAGAAAAGAAGAAGGGACGUCUUCUUUCCUCUGAUGAGGACUUGGGAAAGGGGAGGAAGAAGAGCAAGAAAGGAACUGGUACAACAGCUGUAAUGCCAUCUCAGGAGUUGGCCAUCACAUCAGUUUUCCCUCUCUCCACGGGACAUGCAUCUGAUGUCCUGGACAUGCCUGUUGAUCCAAAUGAGCCUACCUAUUGCAUCUGUCAACAAGUCUCCUAUGGAGAAAUGAUUGGCUGCGAUAAUCCUGAUGUAAGUUUCUAUCACCUCUGA